AUAAUAAAGGAGCCAUCCUCGACGGCCUAGGCGUCGCAUUGAUAAUGGUCUUCUUACACGGCUUCGAGCGAAGACCUCUUUCGCGCGCAAUUGAGUAGUCUCAAUCGUGUGCGAACCAUCAGCGAAAUUGUAUACGGACACGCAUGCGCGACACUGCGUACUCCACUGCAUGGGAUAGAAUGACGGACAGCUCCCCAGUUCCACCCCAGAUGAUGAGAUCUCGCGUCUCUCGUGGUUUUCUGGGGCGUCCAAUAGGCUUAUCAAGCCAUCACCUCCGCUCUGCAUUUGCCAUUGGACUCUGCAGAGUGAGGCGGCAUCUCUUGAGACACGCGCCCCCUCUUCGACUACUCUCAAAGAUGUUGUUCGCAAAUGCGCGCACGAUUGCGAGCGUGGGGUCAAGAAGUGGGGUCGUGUAAGCAGCGAAGUCUGAGGGAGAUAUAAUGACACCAAGUUGCCUUGAAGCCUGGAGUUGUUUUCGCUUGAACAUCAUCGAACAACGCCAAUUCGCAACUGAGCACUCUAUUCCUCACUUUCCAAAUUACCUGUUUGUUCCAGGCAGCACAAUUUCAACUUUGAGAAAAGAGCAGGAUGUUCCAACCCCAGUGUUAGCGUGCACUCUCUUACCCGUACGAGGAAAUGCUCGCCGUCUCAAGACCAACCCCCUAUACUAGACCUUCCUAUCUGAACUCUUUUCCUCGAUACCACCGCAGAUCAUCGAAGAAGAAGCCCUUCGUCGAUUUUACCUGCUUGUUUUCCCGGUUCAAGGCUCUUCACAAUAGCCGGCCGGGCAACUUCUCACCGGACAUGCCUAAGAAACACGAAACCCCUUCCUCCAAAUCACCCAAGUCCUCAAGCACUCGAGACAACUCAGACCUUGUAGUGAGACAAGUAUCAGGAACACACAGCAACAGACCCUCUUCCCCAACUGAAGGCAGCGGGGGAGGAAGUGAGGUCCACAGCGCCUCUCAAAGAUCAUCGCCAUCAUCAACUUCUCAAUCCCACAGACCCACGGUAGCAGAUCGGCCUACUCGCAACACCGACUCGGGAACGGGCCGCAGUCGUACAAGUCCCGUACCCGCCGCAUACAUCGACAACUACCUGUCUUACCGCAAGAAAGCAUUCAUCAAGAUCUUUAUGGAGAAGUUCGGCGAAUGGCUCGACGAUAACCUCUGUUCUAGCGAGGAGGCUUACGACCAUGAAGGGGAUUGUCAGCCUGGCUCAACGUCAUCUGACUCCGGCGGCGUCAAGGAAGGCACUAUUUCAGGACGCCCUGUGACGGGUCGGAAGAGGCAGCUCAAGGGACGUAAUCAAGAGGAUGAUGGAGGUUCGGAGAACGACGAGAGCAACGACCGGAACCGGAACAAGAAGCGCACCAAGACAGACGAAGAUGAUAACCGUCAAAAGUUCGCGUGUCCUUUCUACAAGCACGAUCCUGCCAGAUACAAGAGCCACCGUACAUGUGUUGGGCCCGGCUGGCACGGGAUCCAUCGGAUGAAGGAGCAUAUCUACCGAGCGCAUCGCCUUUUCACCUGCAUCAGGUGUUUCGAUGCCUUCAAGAGCGAAGCUCUGCUUCAAGAGCAUCAAAGAGCAGCCGUAAACUGUCCUGUACGCGACAAGAAGACGCGCAAGCUAGACCCAGGCGCCGGAAUAGACCAGGAGACGGAGAAGCAUCUCCGAGCACGUACCACCAGUAAGAAGACUGAUUUCGACAAGUGGUACGAAGUAUACUAUAUUCUGUUCCCUGGAACGCAAGACGCGGAGAAUCCUCCAAGUCCUUGGUACGACGAAGUGGCCGGCGAAUCCAACUCUGAAGACUUGAAGCGCCAGUACGUUAGGUUCUUGCGACGUGAGAUGCCCAACAUGAUUCAACGCAAUCUCGAGAAUGAGCUGAACCGCCAUUUCGAGGGUUUCGAGGAAGGUAUCAUGAACCGCAUCGUGGGCUGGAUCCGGAUCUCUUCGGCCAAAUGCGCCGACAUCUUUGAGAACAUUCCCUCGCCCUCGCAAGCGGCGGCCCUGGGUGACCCAGAAACUGCGCGGCCCGAGUCUCGGGCGACUUCGCCAGUGGACCCUGGAACCAACUCAACCGUUGGCGCCAGUGUCUUGGAGGGCAUGGAGCCAUGGACGUUUGGAUAUCCCGAAUUCGAUCUGCACACCUUUCCCAGCUUUGACCAGUACUUCACCCCCCCAGGCUUCCUAUCAUCAGACGACCAGUGCCACACAGACCCUGACUCGGCCUAUGGCACUGGCAGUCUUGAGGACUCUUCUAGAGUUCGACAGAAUCACAGCUGAGAACAAGCGUAAAACCUUAGUCGCAGCAGAUGUUAGUUUCUCUUGGCACCUAUACGUUAUCAUUCCAUUAUCAUUGUCAUUGGGAGCUGUGGCACUUUGCUAAAACACAGUCCAUUUCGAAACCAUCGAACCUCGUUCUUUACACACCGCUCCUUUCCCGCUAUGUUUAAUGGCCACAACUAUUUCUUUUGUGCUUGUUCUAUAUUGUCAUAUGCUUGAUAGUGUUGGAAAUGUGUAGGAAGAGGUUGUACAUUUAUGUUGAACUGGAUACUUGGUUUCCUUCUGUCAGGCUGCCAUUGAAUUGCUGGUUGUCCUCAUUUCGAGUUAUUAUCUCUAGUACAGUGGUCUUCUAGGCCAAUACCACUCUUUACUAUCGUCUAAUGCUCUACAUACGAUCUAUCUAAGGGAACCGAAUGACGACCUUGUUUUCCAAGUGAUCGCUGUAACGACGGUAAUACUCCGGCGCAUCCUCAAUGCCGAUUUCAGCCGUCACCACAAAGCUAGGCUUAGCAACGCCAGAAGAAAUCAAGUCCAACAAGGGGGGAGCCCUUAGCAAGGGCAAGACAAUACCCGUUCCGACGGACAAGCCCUUCCUCCAUAGCGAUGCCAUAGGGAUAGGAAUCUCCGCGGGUAGGUUCCCGGCAUUGGGCGCUCCUUCGGUGCUGUUUCCGCCGCCGUUGUACACACCGCCGAUACCCAUGCCUCCGUACACGGCGGUCACAGCAACCAUGUUCUCCAGCACGAUGCCGUUGUGCGGACCUCCCGUGGCGUUGACGGACUCGAAGCC